CCAGGGAGGUUGUGAUGGGUUGACAGGUGCGUGACAAUCGGAGCUCUCUGCAAGCAUGUACGCCAAAGGCAAGAGUAGCAACGUGCCGUCCGACAGCCAAGCCAGAGAAAAGUUAGCUCUGUAUGUGUACGAGUACCUACUGCAUGUAGGGGCACAGAAGUCAGCACAGACCUUUCUUUCAGAGAUCCGAUGGGAGAAGAACAUCACAUUAGGAGAACCUCCGGGGUUCCUCCACUCAUGGUGGUGUUGUUGUCCCCAAAAGAUCUUCCUCAGUGUUUUCUGGGACCUGUACUGUGCGGCUCCAGAGAGAAGAGACACAUGCGAACACUCCAGUGAGGCCAAGGCCUUCCAUGACUACAGUGCUGCAGCAGCUCCCAGCCCCGUCCUUGGGAACCUUCCCCCAGGAGAUGGCAUGCCAGUGGGGCCAGUCCCUCCAGGAUUCUUUCAGCCAUUUAUGUCACCUCGAUACCCCGGAGGACCCAGACCACCCCUGAGAUUACCCAAUCAGGGACUUGGAGGAGUCCCAGGUGGUCAGCCUAUGUUACCCAGUGGAAUGGACCCUACCAGACAGCAAGGACAUCCAAAUAUGGGAGGACCAAUGCAGCGGAUGACUCCACCCAGAGGCAUGGUACCACUAGGGCCCCAGAACUAUGGAGGUGGGAUGAGACCUCCACUGAAUGCUCUGGUUGGUCCUGGGAUGCCUGGCAUGAACAUGGGACCUGGUGCGGGUAGACCCUGGCCAAAUCCUCCAAACUCCAAUUCGACUCCUUAUUCUUCUGCAUCUCCAGGAAGUUAUGUGGGACCUCCAGGGGGAGGGGGGCCACCUGGGACCCCAAUAAUGCCAAGUCCAGCAGAUUCAACCAACUCUGGCGACAACAUGUACACUAUGAUAAACACAGUCCCUCCAGGUGGAAGCCGACCAAAUUUCCCUAUGGGUGCAGGUGGCGACGGUCCAUUAGGGGGAAUGGCUGGAAUGGAGCCCCAUCACAUGAAUGGGUCAUUAGGGUCAGGCGAUAUGGACAGUCUCCCAAAGAACUCACCUGGUAACCUAAGUAUGAGUAACCAGCCCGGGACCCCGAGGGAGGAUGGAGAGAUGGGAGGAAACUUCCUUAACCCUUUUCAGAAUGAAAGUUAUUCUCCAAACAUGACGAUGAGUGUGUGAAGGCUCUGGAAGCAGGUUUGGUCAGUCGCUCAGUAAGAUGGUGUGGAUCGGUGAGAAGCAGAGAGACAGGAUGUGAUGUCAUCUAAGCCAGUGACUCUUCCUCCACCGCCAACCUGCCUAGUCGGGACAGUUGCCAGAGGUUCCGUCCUUCUACGACCCCCACCCCACCCUACCCACCAUUGUUUUUGUCCACGUCUCUUCUCUCCUGUUUCUUCUCACGUUCUAAGUCGUGACUCCGCUACAUUCAUCAGUUCUUCCUCUGCAACUAUGAGACUGUACAAAGGAACCAAAUUGAAACAACUCUGAGGAGAACUCUUUGUAUAUUUGCAUACAGUGUGUAUGAGACUGUGCACACACUCCAGUUACAGGCAGAUGUCUCGGCCUUUUGCAUCAUAUCACACAGUUCAUGCCCAAAAAUGAAAGGCCAGUAUCCUAUUUAUUCUAAAGUUUUAAAUGAUUUAAAGAGAUAUAUAUAUACACUUUUUGAUUGACUUUGAAAUAUAAUCUGUCUGGCUGUCACGUUGAACAUCUUUUGUCUUCAUAUAUUACUUUGUCCAUUACUGGAGGAGAAUUGGAGGGACAUCAAAAUCAUAUUACAAUGGGGUUUAUUUGAGGCUUGUGCAGAUAUUUGUAGUCCAGAAAUUUUAAAUUUUUUCAACUUUUGUGGGUCUAAGGAAUUUUCAUCCCCAAACUCAGCCACAAAUGUGGAAAAUGUAAGAUUUUUUCCUUCUGCCUCACCUCUAUCACAUGUUUGCGAGGCCUGGUGAGGCAAAUGAAGUGCAGAUCCAAGUCAGCUCUUUGUUCAGACAUUACUCAUGAUUUGCAGAAAGGAUUCAGCACAACUUGGAGUAUUUGCCUGCAUCUUGAAUUUGAAGUCACAUUAAAUGGUUAUUGAGAAAAAAAAAAGAGCUUUGUUCGAUUAUCGUCACUAGUGACAAUUACAGGAUAAAGGUAAAUAGUAAAGUAGUAAAACAGCAGCAAAAGCAGUAAAGUAGAAGAGCUAUUUGUAAGAGAAAGAAUGUGUUAUUUCUUCUUUCAAAAGUUAUGUAGUCUCUCUUUAAAUCAUUAUCAGAUCAGUCACUAUGCUAACUGUAUUUGAUUGGUUUGCACAAAGUGUAAUACCCAAUAGUACAGAAAGUUUUUUUCAUAAUUAAAUGAUGCAUCUUUCUGUAUUCAGCGAUAAACAUUGUUGUGAUUCAAAUUGUAAGACUCCCCACUGUGAGUGGUAUACCGAAUUUCCCUUUGGAUGAUUUUAAAUUCUGUUGACUGCACAAGCACAGGGCUUUAAUAUGGGGAGAGCAAAAGAUCCUUAAAAAAUCUUUAGAACUUUACUCACAUUUUUUAGCAGUUUACAUCCUGGAGCCACAGUUGCAAAAUGGGUACAAUGAGCCACAUUCUCUGCAGAUAAAAUCUUAAAAUGGAGGGUAAGACACAAGCUUAUAAUGUCACUUUGGUCACUCAUACUUUAUUGUCAUCCGGAUAAACUGUGAUCUCAGUGUGGUGUGGAAGGUUGGUUGGUACAAAAAAGCUAAAAUAAGCUUGUUUUUAAUCAAUGUUUAAAACUUUUUUCACUGCCCAAGUUGUAUUUUCAUUGUGUCCAAAGGUUGAUACUCCUGUGAACAUUCUCCUCUCCCCUCCCUUACUGCAAAGUGUACAGCUCACAAAUGUAGCUCCUCUGUCUUGUAUAUGUAUUUGAUAUUAUUAUUAUUAUUAUUUAAAGAAAAACCUGGAGAGAAAUAAUUGCAUAGGGGAGGGAUGGACUGAUGAUGCAUCACAACUGAACAGAGAUAUUUUAUUUUGUUUUUGUGUUAGAUUGAAGCCAUAAGUGGGAGAACAAGAUGCAUUUGUAAAUUGGAUCAUGUUUUCUGUUUUGUGGCAGUAUGUGGGACUCCAUUUGUGAUGUGUUCAUUUUCUCUUUUUUAUUCUUGUAUUAUGUUUUUGUAAAUACACAGAGAAGUAUUUCAUGGGUUUUGAAUAUGCUAGUAUAAAGCUUCUCUUCCCUUA